AUGCAAGGAGUUCACACUCUUUUGCUCCUGACCCUUGGGCUCCCCAUUUUUCUUCAUUACGUCCUGAUCUUUGCGGAUUAUCGUAAACACGCUGAAGGUCAGGCUCUGAAGCUUCGUCAGCGGCGUAGUCUUCCCAAUCCCCCCAUCCCGGAUGAGUUCUAUGACCGCGUUUUUUGGUUUAUGCAGGUCUCGGAUAUACACAUUAGCAAAUUUUCGGACGCUGAACGAAGCGCCGAUCUGUUCAAGCUAUGCUCCGAUUACGUUCCAAUUAUUCUGCCAGAUAUAGUUAUCGUUUCAGGUGACAUAACUGAUGCGAAACUUCAGAACCGAGCUGGUUCAAUGCAGUUCUCCGAAGAGUGGACCGUUUACAAAGAUGUUAUUAAGAGAUCUGGCGUUCUUAAUUACACAAAGUGGCUCGAUAUGCGUGGAAACCAUGAUGCUUUCAAUGUCCCAUCCCCCGAGCAUGCGGAGAAUUACUACAGGCAUUACUCUGUCCAGGGUCGCAACUUCCCCCAGUCCUACAUGAUCAAUCAUCGAAAACCGUACGGUACCUACACUUUUGUUGGCCUUGACGCCUGUCCCUCACCAGGCUCCAAAAGGCCACUAAACUUUUUCGGUGUCAUCAAUACCGAUCUGGCGCAAAUGCUGGAAGUUUUCUCCUCAAAGGCCUCGGCCAGUAAUCAGACAUUCUGGUUUGGCCAUUACCCAACCUCUACCAUUAUUUCGCCGGGCUUCGACCUGCGCGGUCUCAUGAGUAAAACAACUUUUGCAUACUUCUGUGGCCAUCUUCACACGCUGAUGAAGACUGCACCGAACAUGUAUGCCAUCCAGCCCGAGGGUUUCUUCGAACUCGAGUUGGCUGACUGGCGUGACUCGCGAUUGUGA